AUGGACGCUGAAGGUGUCGCAGCCUCCCCGGCAGCGCCUCACCAGCCACCAUACCAAUAUACGGCCAACCAGGGCUACGAGCAGACGGAAGAAGUGCCCCGCGAAUUGCUGAGGCAACAGAAUGACGCCCCGCUGGCAGCCGGGGACGAGGACGACGACUAUCUCGAGGACAUUUUCGACGACGACGAGCGGGACGAGGAAUGGGCGGCCGACGGCGACCUGACCAAGACGUACAACCGCCAGAGACAGCAGCUGACGGACGGCGCUGCGAUCCCGCGGUCCAACCAGCAGAAGCCCACGGCAAACACCUUUGCCAGCGUCGACGACCAGGUCUCGGCGCUGUCCAAGCACGCGACCAAGAUCCGGCUCGACUCGGUCAAGCAGGAUGGCGAGCGGGACAAGGACAAGGCCGACCGGGCCACCAGCGAGCAGGUGCUGGACCAGAGGACGCGCAUGAUUCUGCUGCAGAUGAUCAACCGCGGCGCCGUCAGCGAGGUCCACGGCGCCAUCAGCACCGGCAAGGAGGCCAACGUCUACGGCGCCGUGUCGUACGACGAAGAGACGGGCGCUGCCACGCAGAGAGCCAUCAAGGUGUACAAGACGGCCAUCUUGGUGUUCAAGGACCGCGAGAGGUACAUCACCGGCGAGCACCGCUUCAAGGGCGGCUUCGACAAGGGCAACAACCGCAAGAUGGUCAAGCUGUGGGCCGAGAAGGAGUAUCGCAACCUGAGGAGGAUAUACAACGCCGGCAUCCCCUGCCCGGAGCCCCUGGCGCUGAAGCUGCACGUGCUGGUCAUGGGCUUCCUCGGCGACAACAAGGGCUGGGCGUAUCCGCGGCUGCGAGACGCCAACCUCAAGGGCGACGACGUCGACCAGCAGUGGCAGAACUUGUAUGCGCAGCUGCUGGGGACGAUGCGGCGCAUGUACCAGGUGUGCAAGCUGGUGCACGCCGACUUGAGCGAGUACAACAUCCUCUACCACGACGGCAAGCUGUACAUCAUCGACGUUUCGCAGAGCGUGGAGCCGGACCACCCGCGGUCGCUCGAGUUUCUGCGCAUGGACAUCAAGAACGUGGGUGACUUUUUCCGGCGCAAGGGCGUCGACACGCUGCCUGACCGGGCCAUCUUCAACUUCAUCACCGUGCCGGAGGGACCGGUCGAGGAGCCUGAGCUGGCGGAGGCCAUUGCGAAGUUGUACGAGACGAGACAUGCUGCUGCGAACGAGGAGGAGGCUGCUGCGGAGGAGGUGGACACGGAGGUUUUCCGGAACCAGUACAUCCCGCAGACGCUGGAGCAGGUGUAUGACAUUGAGAAGGAUGUCAAGAAGCUCGGUCUUGGAGAGGGCAAUGAGUUGGUGUACAGCAAGCUGCUGGCUGACCAGGUUGUUGCGCCCAAGGCAGAUGGCGAAGGAGAGGAUGAGGAUGAGGAAGAUUCGGAUGAUGAGUCUGGCGAGGGGGCUUCUCUUGGCAGUGGUGAGGAUGAAGAUGACGAGAGUCGGUUUGACAAGGGACGGCCGAGGGGUCGUAAAUUUGAGGACAAGGAUGAGAAGAAGCAACAUAAAUCGGCUGUUAAGGAAGCCAAGCGAGAGAAGCGAAAGGAGAAGAUGCCCAAGCAUCUGAAGAAGAAGCUCGUUUCCAGCACAUCAAGGAGAACGAAAAAAUAA